UUGAAAUAGUCCAUUUAUAAAUACAAUCAGCUGCUUCACCUAAAAGUCGUGUUCAUUUGAUUUUUUUCCCCAAAUUUCUGAAUCUUUAUUUGGUCCAAAUUCGUGUUCACAGUUGAGUUCGCAGCGAUGUCGAACGAGUACGAGUUCGCCGAUAAGGGAGACAAGAUUAUCUAUGAAACCGAAGCCAAAGGGUUCAACCCGGGAUUGAUUGUAUUGCUGGUUAUUGGUGGACUACUGAUAACAUUCCUUGUGGGAAACUACAUACUUUACUCGUACGCGCAGAAGACUCUUCCUCCUAGGAAAAAGAAGCCCGUAUCCAAGAAGAAGAUGAAACGAGAGAGGCUGAAGCAGGGAGUCUCAGCACCAGGGGAGUAGGAAUUCAAGGUCCGACUUUUCUCUUUUUUCGCCAUUGUUAAAAACUGUUUUGUUCACAAUUUCUGUCCAGUUUCGAGAGUUAAAAACUUCAACAUCUGAAUUAGAAGUAAACCCCAUACUCGGGUAAGACUAGAGAGUAAAAUACUGUUCCUUUGUUCGUCGGAUGCAGUUUAUGUGUCACAUUUUCAUUGCAUGUUUCCAUUGAUCUCGGUACUUGUCUCGUUUCGGUCAGCCGUCAACAUGCAACCAAGAUAAUGGCUAUACUUGGGUGAUGUUUACUUGAUAGAGAUAUAUCUCUAAGUAUUCACCAAAAGAAGCCAUUGGUGCUUCAUAGGGUUACUUUUUUUUGGUUAGUAGCGUGAGAUAUUAGUGUUCAAACUUUGGAUUAUUUGAAUGCAUGCCAUGUUGAAAAAUAA